AUGUCUAAGCAGGAGAUGGUAGAUUGUUUCAACGAGUUACUGAGUUAUGUAGACAAAAUCGUAGAGGAGGAUUCGAAAGAGGAUCCAAGACAACAAGAGUAUUUUCUUCAACAACCAGCUUCGAGUACUAUUAUACGUCAUGAAUUCGUUAUUGAAUUCAUUGGCCAUGCUGUGGAAUGUCUCAAGGAUCUGCUGAGCUUUUCUUACUUUGCUAAUUCAAGUUAUCCACUUCAACAGCUGGUCCAAGAACUCGUUAAGGCGUUCAUUAAAUGGAGGAGUUUGAUGAGUAUUUCAAACAGAUGCGAUGAUGAGGAUGCUAAUGUGUCUGCUUUCUUGAGAAGUAUUGAGACUGAGGUUCGUCGAGCUGUUAUAAAGGUAUACAACUAUUUACCAGAAGAAAUGAAUGAAGUGAGGGAAGAUCAAAUGUAUUAUAUGUUAGAGAUGAUUCAGAGGAGUAUUGAUCAUACUGGGGAAUAUCUUGGUGGCGUCUGCGCCCUCAGAGCCUCAACGUUGGCAGAUGAAUAUACAAGCAUUCCCAACACCACAACUGAAAUUGCAGUAGCAGUACUAACUAGCAGCAUCAAGGCUUUGCUAAAAGAUUUGAUUGGGAUAUCAGAACUUAACUUCUGUUGGAAGGGUCUGAUGAGAGAUAAUAUCGAGACCUUUCAUGAGAACUUAGACUUCUUGCACAUUUUUUUCGUUGAUUUGCCAGUACAGAUCAACUUGCAAGAUAUUCGAGAAGUGACUUUUGCUGCAGGAGUUGUCGUUAGCUUGAUGAAUGGCGAGGUGAUGAUGGAAGACAACUACAGUAAGGCUGGGGAGCUGAACCAAGCACUUGUUGAUUUUGAAGACAAGUUUGAGCAGUUCUUGUCAUCAUUAUCUAUACGACAAGAUCAGCUUAAGCUUCGCAAGACUGUCCAAUCUUUUUUGACCAAGAACAACAAUUCUAUAGGCUCUGUUGAUUUCCACUUGGACAACUUGGAGGAGAUGUAUCUUAAGGUUUUACAACCAUCUAUAAGGGAUGAUCGAUGUACGGAUCUUGUUGCACUGGUGUCUGGUAAAACUCAUGAGUUGGAAUAUAUAAUUGAUUCGCUUGCAAUUGGGGAAGUUCCUGUUUCUUGUCUUAAGCUAUGGUUGUGGGAGAUCACAAAGGAGAUAAAACAAAUUAAGGCGGAGACUGGGGAGAACAAGAUAGAUGAUCACCUCAUGACUUUCGAGGUUUCUAAAAGUCAGAUGGCAUCCAAGAAGCCAGAUGAUACCCACACGACGAACAAAGUGAUGGUGGGAUUUGAAGAUGCCAUAAAAACAGUGAGGAAGCAACUUAUUGAAGGAUCAAUAUGUUGUGUUUCCCAAGUGUAUACAGGAAAGGAGUUACUAGUUGCUCUUCUAACUGAUGUUAUGGAGCUGAAAAAAUUGGCUGAAGAUGAAUUGGCUGACAAGCUGCAAAGAUAUUUGAAAACGAAGAGAUAUUUGCUUGUGCUUGAUGAUGUUUGGGAGACUCAGGUAUGGGAUGAUUUAUAUUCAUCCUUCCCAGAUACAGGAAAUGGAAGCAGAAUACUAUUAAUAACACAACUUAAUGAAGUCGCGGAGUGUGAAGGUUUCAUUGCCCAUCAUCUUCGUCAGUUUAGAGAUGAUGAAAGUUGGACACUGCUAAAAGAGACAGUUCUCCAAAAUGAUACUAGCUUCUUUCAGGAACUAGAGAUUAUCGCAAAUGAAAUUGGCAAAAAGUGUGGAGGGCUACCUCUCUUAGUUGUUUUGGUAGCUGGUAUUCUGGCCAAGACAGACAAGGAAGUAGAAGACUGGAAGAAAGUGUUGAGAAGUGGUGUAUCUUGGGUUUUGAUGAUUUAA